GCUCCUCAAACCCACCACUUGAGUCAACUAAUCCAGCCAAGAUGAAGUUCACCACUGCCAUCGCCUUCACCUGCCUUCUUGCCUGCGUCCUGGCCGCUCCACCAGCUAGCCAGCCAGAUGCUCAGGUGCUGCGCUUCGAUAGCGAUGUCCAGCCCGAGGGCUAUAAGUUCGCCGUGGAGACAAGCGACGGCAAGUCGCACCAGGAGGAGGGUCAGCUGAAGGACGUGGGCACUGAUCACGAGGCCAUUGUGGUGCGCGGAUCCUUUGCCUAUGUGGGUGAUGAUGGCCAGACCUAUACUAUCAACUACCUGGCCGAUGAGAAUGGAUUCCAGCCCGAAGGUGCCCAUCUGCCCAGGGCCGUUCAGUAAGCCGAAGACGAGUAGCAGCUCUCAAGGAAUACAAUUGAAAGUCAUUUCCCAAUCAAGUUCCAGUCCAGCAUAAAUGUGUUAACUAUGUUUAAGUUUCGUCUAAAAAGUGUCAUUAUAUUAAAAAUAAACUCAUUCACUUCAAGAAUUACUCUGUUUAUAUCCGUUAUUCGAAAUGAAAUAUUUUUCUUUUCUUUUUCCUGCCUAAGAUUGAGU